AUGGGUUGCUGCAGUUCCAAGACCGCCGGCAGCCAGUCCGAGCACCGCAACGUUCGCCCUGUGCGCGCCGCACCCAACCAAACCCGCCAAGAGCAGUUCGCACACGGCCUGCAGUGGGCUCACGCAAACCGCCGCGACCCCGAAGCGGCCGAGUCGCACAUUGGCGGUUGGGUCGACGGCAUCAAGCAAUGCUCGAAAGGAGAGAGAGGGUGCUCGUCCCACCGAUGCUCUCGCCACGCCAACACCCCGCCGCCCGCCACCGAUAUUGGCGCUUGGGUCAGCAGCGUCCCAAAGCAAUGCCCCAAAGGAAAGGGCAGGGCCCACGGGUGCCGAUCCUCGCACCGUGGCAGUGCCAAGAUACGGGCGGAUCGCGUACGGGCCGAAGCCAUGGGAUAUGCCCGCCAAGAGUAUAACCCGCGAGAGUUUAGCCGCGGGAGUUCGAAUCUAGGAUGGUCGCCGGAAUGGAGUGAGUAA